AAAACUGAUUCUGAUCAAGCCCUUGCUAUCGACGAUUAUCCAAAUCGGACGGGAUAUGCGAUUCCUUCAAAGCAUGUAGCAUCAUUCGAUCGAAAACGGUUAAAGCGCGGGCAGGCCCACCUCACGAAUUCCUCCUUUUGCUCAAGGGAUUUCUAGAUGGAUAAGCAUCACAGUUGUCAUAUCCUCUGCAUUCUCAUUCUUCUCUGAUCCGUCACAGACAACGGGGCAAAUACUUGUUCUCUCGAUGCUUUUGCCGAUGCCGCUGCUUCAAUCAAACGUGGUCGUGAAUUGAAUUGUCUUUGAGUAGCGCAUAAGCAGCAGCAUCUACUGGUCCUGGAAUCCCGUGGCUUCACGGUCGUGGGCAUCGAAUCACUGCCCACAAGACGAUAUGCUCUCGAUUGUCUCGUCCAUUGCCCUAUAGCUGUGGACGCUCUUGUUUGGGGCGAAGCGAAAGAUCGUUGAUGGAAUGUGGCGGCUGAUGGUGGUGGGUGACGAAUAUGAUGGAUUCUUUCUACUUUCUUCUUCAUUUCUUUUUCUCGUCCAUUGGGGAGUAGAUGGUCUCAGUGCGCCGGGCAAGAAUCAAAAAAGGGUGCUAAGGGCCGUCAAGAAUCAAGAUUCUAUCUCCCAUUCACAGUAAUUGCCUCCCUUUUUUCCGUUUUCUAAUCCCAGUUGGGUGGGGGAGUGGGGGCCGUAGUCGAGGAGGUGGCAGCGGGGGGGAGGAGUAAGAUAUGUCCAGCUGUGAGUGGCGGGGAUUGAGACGGACAAGGAUCUUUUGAAUGGCAUCGAUCCCUUGCCGAGGGACCAUCCCCCAUGCACCCAGAUGUCGCCUGCAACUACGCAUGCAUCGGUGCUUCGCGGGUCGGAUUCUCCGUGCUCAUCAUCCAUAGGCUACGUAAUCAUCCCCACUAGAAGCUCAUUUAAGCCCAGGAUGCGCAUCGCCAAGGGAGCCGUCUCAUCCUUUUGUUGGUCCUUCCGACCCCCGAAACAAUCCCCUUGGUUUCUUCCUGCGCGGAUUAGGGUUUUCUCCGUCGGCACCCAAGAGCCGCCGUCCGUUCCCGGCAUCGUUAGAGGUAUGAAUCAAUCAUAUUCAGGCAGAGAUGGACAGGUGGAGAAUAAAGAAGCAAAGGAAGUGCAUGACCAUUUUAGUGUCAAUGGUUAUCAUGGAAAUGGCAUUUGGUCAUCUUUUGAAGGGAGGCAGAAAAUCACAAUGGGAAAGCAGAUAUUUUGCAAUAGAUCACUAAACAUGAAGGGUAUUGUUGCAGUGGGAUUUGAUAUGGACUAUACUUUGGCACAAUAUAAGCCCGAAACCUUUGAAACAUUGGCUUAUAAUGGAACAGUCAGGAAGUUGGUUUAUGAUUUAGGAUACCCAACAGAGUUGCUGGAGUGGUCAUUUGAUUGGAGAUAUAUGGUCAGGGGGCUAGUUCUUGAUAAGAAACGGGGCAACAUUUUGAAGAUGGAUCGCCACAAGUAUGUAAAAGUUGCUUACCAUGGCUUCAAGGAGAUGUCCAAAGAAGAAAAAAUUGCAACUUAUGGGAAUACCUUGAUACGUGAUGCAUUUGACGAACCUGAUUAUGCUCUUAUUGAUACUCUUUUCUCCUUGGCUGAGGCUUACUUGUUUGCACAGCUUGUCGAUUUCAAGGAUAGAUAUCCUGGAAAAGUUCCAAAUGGUGCCGAUUACUGUAGAAUAUACAGAGAUGUUAGAGCCGCUGUUGAUCUGUGUCAUCGUGAUGGAACUUUGAAGCAAAUGGUUGCCAAGGACCCUGGAAAGUAUAUCAAUGAUGACCAACUCAUUGUACCCAUGUUACAAAUGCUAAGGGAUUCUGGGCGUGCAACUUUUCUGGUGACAAAUAGCCUCUGGGACUACACAGAUGUCGUGAUGAAUUUUCUUUGUCGAUCCCAAACAGCAGAUGAUAAUCCUUGCAGUCAUUUUUGGUUAGAAAAUUUUGAUGUGGUUAUUACUGGCAGUGCCAAACCAGGUUUCUUUAAUGAGGACAAUCGUGCAAACUUGUUUGAGGUUGAAGCAGACACUGGGAUGCUGCUAAACACAGAUAAUGGCACUCUUAUGCCACAGGUUGGAAAUGUUUCACCAAGAUUGCCUCACAAAGGCCUGAGAAAGGGUUGCAGAGUCUUUCAGGGAGGGAGUGUUGCUCAUCUACAUAAAUUGCUUUCUAUUGAAGCGAGUUCCCAGGUUCUUUAUGUUGGAGAUCACAUUUAUGGUGACAUACUACGCAGCAAGAAAGUUCUUGGAUGGCGAACAAUGCUUGUAGUUCCAGAGCUUGAAAAGGAGGUAGAGAUGCUUUGGAAAACCAGAGAUGUCCGCCAGGUGUCCAUUCUGCAGUUGCAAGUGCAUAUUCCGAUGAAUCUUGAGCUGCGUUUGUUACGGAAAGAUCGCGAUUUUAUUGAAGAUAAGAUACACCACUUGAGCUGGUUGCUGAGGUUUAAAAGUUUUUCUGAUGAAGAUAAGCAUGCACUGAACUUGGAGCUUCAUGCUUUGAAGUCACAAAGGGAACAAGUGCGUCAUCUUCAUCAACAGUCACAACGUGAAUUUCAUCAAAAGUUCCACAAGCCUUGGGGACAACUGAUGAAGACUGGCUACCAAAACUCUCGUUUUGCACAUCAGGUGGAGAGAUUUGCUUGUUUGUACACUAGCCAGGUUACGAACUUGGGAUUCUAUUCCCCUGACAAAUAUUAUAGACCGAGUGAGGAUUUCAUGCCACAUGAAUUUGAUAUUCUUGGAUUGGGUGAUACAUCAGCUUGCUGUACAACCGAGAAGAUAGUUGCAAACCACGAGGACGGUGCAGUUUCUCAUGUUCAAGAGAAGACCGUGAUGGAUUAAAAUCCGCGUUGUUGUGGUCGUACUUGUAGUAGUGAACUUUUAUUCCAAAAUCUUGGCUGGACAUGGCUCAACACCAAGCCGGCGGUGUAUUCUUAGAACAUCGUCUUUCUUUUU